CCACAGUCGAGUGAAAUCCGCAGCGUAGAGCAGUACGCAGAUUCGUCGCGCGGGUCUAUUUUUACUUAAAACAAAACCAAAAAAACAAAUCGCUGCCCUUCCGCGACGCGUGCAGCACAAAAUUUGGUUGUUGUGUUGUUGGUUUUUCUUUCCUGUAAGCGUGUGUGUGUGUGUGUGUGAGUCUGCAAGUGAGCAACAACAACAAAAAAAGAUGGUGCCUGUGUGCUGAUUAGUGAGUCGGGAGCUAUGCUCACCGGUUGGUGUGAUGCUACAAGUGUUAAGAAAAUUUGUCGAAGAAAAAAAGUUAGCUAGAUAGCAAAAGAAAUAAAUACAAUCACCUACUUCUCCCGGUGGUGUGAGUGUGUGCGAUUGCCACUUUGUGAAGUGCAGUGCAGUGUGUGCUUGGUGGGCGCCGGGCCCAGGCUGGGUGUGGGAAAUUGCUGUCCCAGCUCUAGUGUUUGGUUGAAUUGAUAAGAAGUGUAAACAUCACGAGUAGCAACGGCACUCGAAUGCGAUUGCCAUGUGUGUGCAAAAAAAAUAGAGUCUAGCCCGAUCGAAUAAUAAUUGCAGUGCGCGUGUGUCAGUGUCGAAGCAUCUUGGUGAACUUGACCGGAAGCGAUAGCCAGAAUCGAUCUCUUCUCGCUGUUUUUUUUUCGAGGCGCUAUUUGUGGUUGAUGUGAUGCUGUUGAUGGGUUUCCGAAUGAUCUAAGGUGUAAGCAGCACGGGGAAAAGAAAAGAACGCCGGACGCCGCCGGGUGGAGGACCAACUUAAUUUACGCUCGUACAUUUGCCUCGGUUCAAGAUGGCUAAUCCACCGGCAGAAGACGUACUACUGGUCAUCUCGCUAGAUACUGCGAACAUCGAUGAUAGCAAGGCAUUGGUCAACACCGUAGACACCGACGCCCUCAGCCUGUCCUUUCCUACUGCGCUUUGCCACACUCGUCCGUCCAGCGAUGACAUCCACAGCAGCCGUUGCACCGUCAGCGCCCACGCUGGUGGCACCGUCGUCCACAGCACCGUGUCGCCCAUCCGUCACUAUACGCAGUGUUGAGCUGCCCAGUGCCGGUGACGGAAGCGGUGGUACAAGCCGCUUGCUACGCAGAAAAGAGUUUCUAGCCGAAACGAAUCGUACCACGUCGCUGAAAACGUUGUCCUGUGAUUUGAGUGAGAUACUGGUGAAAAAUCUGAGCUUGCGACGCAGCGAAACAUCCGAACGGCACGCGCACGCCGACACACUCGAGGAACUGUCUGUAACGUCGUCGGGUUCGGUGCAGCAGCAGCAGCAGCACCCACAGUGCAGCAUCACGUCAGCAGGAAGUGGGCCCGACUGUGUUGGUAGUAGUGGUUCCAGCGGCUAUGAUAGUGGCAGCCGUCCGCAAGGUACGUCGUUGUGCGAUACGUUCACAUCGGUAAACAAGCUCAUUCGGUUGAAGCGCGUGUCGAGCGAUGGUAGCAAUCUGAGCCGGCUGUCAUCGGUAGUCACGACGAACGCCGGCAGCGGUGGUACGAACUGCACCAAGAUCCUAGAACCGCCGCCGGGCAAACAGCCGGCCGGGUCGUACAAGCGGGUCGAAAUAAGUGUCUGUGAAUCGGCGUCGGAAGGUGGGAACGAACUACAACGUUCGCCCGACGAAGGUGGUGUAGUGCACAAGGGUGUGAUAGUGAAUCAGCUCGAUCAGGUGGACGAACACUGUCCGCUGCUGGUGGUGGAGGGGAAUGGCCGUGCACCACCGUGCACUAUAGCGCUGCAGAAGAAGAAAACGACGCUGGUCUUUACGCGGAAGAAAGUUCCGGAAGAUUCUGCGGUCGCCGGCCGUAGAGCGAGCGAACGUGAUUUAACGGCGUGCGGUGGUGCAUCGAAGGUGCUUCUGCGUCGCCGUGUGCGAUUGAGUGGCGAUUGGUUGGGCAAAAGUGUAGAACACGGUGAGAGGCGGGAGUUGAAAAGGCGUAGCCUUCAGUGGCCUAUCGGGUUUGCGACUAGUGGUAGUGGUGAUAGCCGAACGUCCCACCUAUCCGACGUGCUUGCCGACGGUGGACAUCGUCGAGGUGGCGCAGAUACAUCAAACAAGUUUCGCCACUCCUGGAACGCACCGGGAUACGACAUACUCGAGGAGGAUUCCGGCGUGGAAGGAAAGGGUGGAGAUUUGGGACAGGAUUUCGCCUCAAUCAUUCACAACCUGGCUGGGCUAAGGAACCACCACCUCGCGAAUGGGACACAUGAGUCCGUGUCCCUGCUGGAGCAGCACUCGCCCCAGAUUGUGCCGUCGCGCGCUACACGUCCUACCUCACUCGGGGGCUCCGGUCAGGGGCUUCGCCGUGGACCAUCGAGCUGGAUCCAAUCAUCCCCGAUGGUGCCCACGAGUGGGGUAGGCACGGGCGGCGGCGGCGGUGGUGGUGGAAUCGUCGGAGGUGGAGUUGGCGGUGGCGGGAAUAAUGGAGAAAGUAGCCCACACACCGGCGCACUAAGCGGUCCGGUACCUCGCAAGCGGCGCUUCGAAGCAUUCCUCAAGAAUCUGGUCGGCCGCCGGCCAUCGAAAGAACCACCGCCGCCAGCCGCCCCACCACCACCACCUCCCCCACUGCUCAGCUCGCCCGAGAUCAAAAUAAGCAAGAGCCCGUCCGAGCACAAUCUGGCCGAAAUAACGCGCAGCCGGCUGAACAUCUCGACCACCUCGCUGUCCUCGGUGCACCAGAAGCUGUGGUCGGUGGUGCCGCUGCUCAAGCGCGACGUUAGCUGCAACAGUCUAGCGUCCCCGAAAACGACGCCCCUACUGCUGGACAGUCAGUGUGCGUCGUCGGGCGAGUGUGCCGGUGGUCCGGGACUGCUCACGCUCGGCGGUCUCAAGGGUGGCGGCGUUUCCGGCGGGCUGCGGAAAUGUGAAACCGUGCUGGCACUGACGAACGCCACCUCCCAAACUUUGGAACCGAUACGGCCACUGAACCGGCUGCGUAACUGCGCCUCGGUUGCCACCUGUUCCCGCUGUUCUAGUCUUCUUUCGCUGGCUGCGGCCGGGUCGCGGUACUCGCUCAACGCCUCGAACGGUGCGUUCGUGCCCGUGUCCGGAUCGCAGGAUGGCAACGAACCGGGUGGAGAGCCGCCCAAGACGACGGCCGGUUCGAAAAAGGGUUCGAUCGAUGGCGGUUCGAAGCGGAAGUACGUGGGCAACUUGCUGCGGUUAACGACCACCAGCUGCUCCUCCUCAUCCAGCUCGUCGUCGGCCGCAUCUUCGCCCAGCUCGUCGUCGACGCCCUCGUCCUCCUCGUCCGGUGCAUCGUCGCCGAGCCCGAACUCGGCCACGGGCAGUCCGGCCGGUGGUGCGUCCGUCUCGUCCAAAACCGUUAUGUUUGCCCCUAGUCCCACGCAGCUGGUACCGGUAUCGCCGAUCAGCAGUGCCACCGCAACGAACACAACGACAAAGGCCUUAACGCCCACGAUUAAGUUCACCUGCAAACUGUGCCUUGGAGAGUUCAGUGCCGAGAACCUGACACGCAUCACGCAGUGUGCUUGCUCGUUCUGCACCGAGUGCAUGACGGCCUACAUCGAGUUUGAAAUUUCCGAAGGUGCGUACGAAGUGUCCUGCCCGGAUGCGAUGUGUCCCGCGCAGGGCAUCAUCACGAUCGCCGAAAUCACGGCACUGGCCUCAUCGUCCCUGGUGGAAAAGCACCACCGUUAUCGACUGAAUAGAGAGGUAGAACUGGACCGUUUCCGAACCUGGUGCCCGAAAGCGGGCUGUGAGACCAUCUGUCUCGUCGGUGCGGCGGAACAGCAGGCUGGUGGGCAGGCGGGCGCUAAUCAAACCGGCUCGACGGUUUGCCCGGAUCGCAUCGUGCCACUGUCCCCGUCAUCCUCCAGCAUGCCAUCGCCCUGCGCAGUACACUGUCCAACGUGUCGGGAGGAUUUCUGUUCGGGCUGUAAGAAAGCGUGGCAUCCGACGAUGUCCUGCGAGGAGAACUCGCGCCGCCUCGCAGUGGACGGCCAAACGGACGCGCUCGGCAUCCCGUUCGACAAUGAUCUCAUCAAAUGCUGCCCGAUGUGCACCGUCCCGAUCGAGAAGGACGAGGGCUGCGCGCAGAUGAUGUGCAAACGGUGCAAACACGUCUUCUGCUGGUACUGUCUCGCUAGUCUGGACGACGAUUUCCUGCUGCGGCACUACGACAAGGGACCGUGCAAGAAUAAGCUCGGUCAUUCGCGAGCGUCCGUCGUGUGGCACCGGGCACAGGUGAUUGGGAUAUUUGCCGGGUUCGGCAUACUGUUGCUGGUGGCCUCACCGCUCCUACUGCUGGCCGCUCCCUGCAUCGUGUGCUGCAAGUGUCGGAUCUGUAGCGGUGCGGCUAAGCUGGAGGAAACGGAGGUGGAUUAUGAUGAUGCGGCGGUUGCCCUGCACAGUACCAGCGGACUGCAGCGAUAGACCGGGAAUGACCAGCACAGUCUAGUGAGGUUUCGUUUUGCGCUUCCGGCUUGAGGAGGACAGUCCCGUCGGGGGUUCACUUGGACGGACAGCUUAGACCGGGGGACAUAUUAGCGGAUGCGUUGCAUGCUUACGGGUUGUUUGUUGCUACGACUACUACUACAAUAGUGUGUCGACGACGUGUACUAGCGAUGUUUUAAUUAGCGGCUCACCACACACUGGGGUUGGUGUUGAUCGACUUCACGCUCUUCAGUAUUGUGCGGACACACUGGAAGGGUUGAGCGUUGAUACCUACUUCCGCGUGUAGUAGGAGCGUAGAACCGGAUCAUUUGAGUACUUCCUAUCCUGCUAAAAGCCACAGGUAACACGAGCAUUCCACGGAUUGAUACUGUGUGCCGGUCGGUUUAAUGUCACGUGUGUGUCUACAUAGGAAGUUAGGAUAUAUAUAUAUACAAACAAAUAUCUAUAUAUAUACAAGAAAAAAAAGCUAGAAAAGAACGCAAAAAACAAGCAUAUUUCGGCAUAUUAAACACAUAUUAAAGGAGUAAUAAAUGAAUUGUGAUAUUUACAGACGAGCCUCGGUAGCUCGCCUUUUGCUGCUUGCUCGGAACUCCGGACCCCUUGUUGAAGUCUCCCAGUCUAUAUGAUUAUAUAUAUAUAUGUGUAUAUGGAUGUGUAUAAUCCUGGUGUGUAAUUGUAAACUGUAACGUUCUGAUCGUGCAGCAGCAAACCAAGCCACCCCCCCCACCCCCCCCCCCAAACAACAAAUUUCAUUCUCUGCGUUGUGUUAAACCCCGGCAGUCGUAUUAUAUUAGUUGGCAACAGGACAGAAAUGCGCACGUGAUCGUGUACAUACAAGCGCUGAGAAGCGGGUCAUAUCUAUAUAGUAAAUGAAAACGCGUCGCACCGAAUAACAAAUAAACAAAAAUGCCCGUUUGUAGUUAAAUUAUUCAAUUUUAUCUAUUAAGAAAAACACACACACACACACGUGUGUCUAAUUGUAAAGGGAAACCAGCAGAAUGUGUAAUGUACAAAACGAUACGAAAGAGAGGAAUUGCGCUUUACAUCAUCCCCCGCGCUCCCCCUGCAACCCUUGAAAACCCCUCCCGUUUUUCCCAAUUUUUAGUACUUAUAGCAAAACGAUGGGAGGGAAGAAAAAUGUAUGGAGUAUUGAAGUGAAUGCAGUAAAGAAGAGCAAACAAAUGAGCGGAGCUGUGUGAGCUAAAAAAGGUGUUAAAAUUGUAAAAAAAAAAACAAGUUGUGUUUUAUCGGCAGAAAGCACACACGGAAACAUUCUAUCGAACGAUCUGGUGAUAAUUUUUAAUUAUGUUUUUCUCUGUUUUGUUUUUAGUCGAGUCGAUCAUUCAAAUCUAACUGUUAAUAAACUGUAUUCAAAGUGUA